UAACCGAAAGAGGUGGAAGCUAGCGCAUGCGCUUCUUAUGUUUUGAGAAAGAUGCUACAAUGGUACUGUUGGGUGUAUAUGCCUCUGCGAAGUAACGUAAACAAAUUCAGAAUUGGCUAAGUAUGUUUAACGCAUAGAGAAGUUUAUUAUGUGACUUUAUUCAGUGUGAUGGUACCAAUCUUGCAAUUGACAAGAGGUUUUAGGCUGCGACUAAUAUGGCUUUAGUUACUGUCCAGAGGUCACCGUGCGGAGCGAACUCAAAUUCUAACUGCCAUAAUCCAUCCACAGAUGAAAUUGAUCAAUGCAAUAAUAAAGAAGGAGAUGAGAAAAAGGAAGAAAAAAAGGGUAUUAGUGAAUGCUAUUUUGCAGUAAAAGGUGCUGCUCUUGUAUUACCGCAUGAUGAGUGUUUACAUGUGCAUCGAAAAACUAUUGCAAAUGGAGCCUGUGAUAUUCAACAACAUUUGCAAGCCAUGCUUUACUUACUGCAUGCAGAUGACAUAUUAAAAAUGGCUGUAAAAUUGGAAAGCAUUCAUAAUGGUCGCACUAGAUACCUUGUAGUUGUGUCCCACACAGGAAAGUUUCAGACUGAAGAAAGUUGUCUACUGGGUAUUGAUUGUAACAAAGAGACAACAAUCGGCCUUGUUCUUCCUGUAUGGGCUGAUACUAGAAUAACAUUGGAUGGAGAUGGAGGCUUCAGCAUAACUUCAAAUGGAAGGCAUCACAUUUUUAAACCUGUUUCUGUACAAGCCAUGUGGUAG